UAGUUGUAUGGUUAUGAAUCACGAUGCCUGCAUGGAUAUAGUUUUGUUCUUGGUCAACAACUACUUUACUAGUAUUAUCAAGAACUCUUGGUAUUAUCCCAAUGUCCUAAUGCCUAAUACUACUAAAGUACUACUAACUCUUGACACAAAAAGAGAAAAGGGGAAACCAUGACUGCAGUAUCAUGUAUGAUGAGCAUGGUGUGUGGAGCAUAUUUGCUGUAACACAGGUAAUGCUGUACUUCUACAUUAUUUAGGUCCCGGCGUUUUAGUGGGUUGAUACUACAGUAGAAUUCCUAGCUUGAUAGGGUUGCAGUGUAUUGCACUGGUAGCGUUGGGUCGUGCCCGCACUGGAUUUCAACCCCACGCUCCGGUGAUGGAGGAGAACGAACCUCAGGUGAAAGUUGACGUAGAGCUGCAAUGGAAAGAUUUCAAGUGGAGCCUGGAGCUGUUACGGCACAAUGAGGACUUCACGAGGGGUUCCGAGAAGGAUUGGUUUCAAAUCAACCCAACCGAGAUCGUGCUGUUGGCAUGUGAGGCCAUCGGGAAAGCUGACAAAGCAGUCAAAGCAUUGCCAUCCCGUGUUGUGAUCGGCUUUGAUGACCUCUCCAGCCAGCUGAGGCAGCGUCCUCGUCUGUUCCGAAGGCUUGUUGGAGUUAUCCUGCGAACGCUGUGCAAUGUCCAGGAUGACGCAGCGACGCCUAUCGUCAAUCGGUUCCUUUCUGCCCUGCUCUAUUUGGUGACGGGAGCUCGGAAUCAACUUCAAAUGUACCAUGGUCACAUGUGGCAUCGGCUGACUGCUGUGCGAGAGCAACUGAGCAGUGUCAUGCUUAAGCACAACCCUGAUGGCAGCUCCACCGUCAGGGAAUAUGAGAAGCUUUUCAGAGGAAUGGAUGCGGACUUGGCAAAGAGGGAAUGGACAGAGCCGGACAACCUUGGACAAAGUGAAUUAUACCAUGCUGCAUGUGGAAUGCUAACAGAACUUGGCCUUGCAGCGGCAGUAAAGGACAGUAUUCUCUGGCAGUUGUAUUCGUCUUGUGAGCACUUGUCUCGUGUCCUCGGAACCGAUCUUGCCACCAGCGUGGAUUUGCUUUCCGAUGUUGGGCUGUGCCAGUUCUUCACUGCCAUGUUGCAGUUGCUGCAAGGUCUGGAUGAUGGACAAAGUGAAGACAUCAUUUCAAGCAUGAUUGAGAUUGCCGAGUUCCUUGUAACACAGCACAGUGCCUUGGCAGAGGCUAGCAGCCAACCGUCAGCACGCCUACGAGCAGCAAUCUUAUCAACCUCUCAGAGUACUGCAGCACAGGAUGGGAGCGAGUCUGAAGAACCAGCUGAGCAAGACAACGAUCAAGAUGGUGGCGCGCGUAACCAUAGCGUGCAGGCUAGUCCAGCUGACAGUAGCGAUGACCUCGACGUUGCUCUGCCGGCGCAGGGCAAUGUUAACCAGCCGCCUAUACUGUCACCGUUGCAGCGGUGUGCUGAGCUAUUGAACCGGCUUGUGGGUGCCAUGACAAAAGUCGUCCAUACGCAUUUCCAAGAGCGCGAGGGCCGGUAUCGGAUGCUACGAUCACUUCCGGAAUUGUGCUUUGUCAUACUGGCAAGCAAGGAGUUCUCGUCUGGAUUUGAAGAGACCAAGCGCUUCCUUGAGCAACAGCUGAACAUCCUGGUGGUCUACGCCACUGAAGGAUAUCUCACUCAACAUCCGCUCUCCUUUCUUGACAAGCUGCUCGACUUUCUGAUGACUAGCUUAGAGAAUGAUCAGUCCAUGGAGGUUGUGCUGAACAGCAGCCUGCCCAAUGCGUUUGGCUACGUGUUUGGCAUUCGGCAUUCAGACGUGUCCUUGCUGGUCAUUGAGUUUGUCACACUUUCACUCUAUUCACGCCACCAGAAGGAUUUGCAGAAGUCAGGCUUGGAGUCCAUUCUUUCGGCGUUUCGCCUCAUAAAAACGGAAACCCAGAAAAGGAGUGAAGAGCUGCAGGAAGUGAAGCGAGUUGAGGCUGUGCGUGUGGCGCAUAUGAUCGUGGAUGAAGUCCUUGAGAGAGUGGACCAACACUGUGCUGCAUCACAACACCAGGCCGCUGAAGAAGCUCUAAGUGCCGGAGAGGACCCACCACAAGCUGCUCAACGUGUCCUCAGGUGGCAACCGUCUGUCUUGGAGGCUCCAACAGAGAUCAGCUGCGACGGUCUUGUGGAUGAGCAUGCAAAGCGAGUCAAUGUUCUGGUUGGAAUGCUGCGCUUGGCAUGUGCCAUGGUUGCUCGUGGUGAGAACAUUGUGUUCCUAUUCCGGAGUGUUGUUCCGAAAUUGAUUCAAGAAGUCCCGCCGACUACCAAUGCCACUCGACAGCAGAAGCUGGCUCGCUUCUUUGGUGACGAGGUGCCAGAGAACACAUCCACCAUUGCAUGGCAAGGAGAUCGAAAGGACUUUCUCAUCACGCUCUUUGCACUGGCUGCCGACUUUAAGAACAACUCUGACCUCUCCGUCUUUCACAUGUGUGCAAUUAUCGUACCGAGCUUUGCUGCCGGCUUGUCCCGUGUCAGUGCGUUAGAUGAUGCACAGAAACUUGAGCUCACCACAUCGCUACUGGAGAUGAUUAGGAAUGCAUUUCUCAAGCGUCCCCAGCAUAUCUCCGACUUUGUUUCUCAUGGAUUUGACCUCAUAACCAGCCUAGCUCAGCCCGACGCAUCGGCAAAGGAUGUGCUUGGUUUGGCGAAGAAGAUCGUUCAGAUGUUUGUGGGCAGUUCUCGAACGUCUGUGGCCAUGCUGGCUCGGCAGUGCGUGCGCUUCUUUGUGAACAAGUUUCCUGCGGAGGACGAGGCAAUUCGCCGCACUGUCUGCAGGCUGUUUGAGAGCAACUCACUUCUUCACUUGCGCUGUCUCCAUCGCCUGUGCAGGGAAGAGUUGCAGGAUGAAUGGUACUGUGAUGCCAGACAGCUCUUGUACCAGUUGGCGUGCAGGCGACCGCCUGCCUUGCGCGACUUCUUAUUCAUUGGUGAAUUCCUGGCGUUGCUGAUGGACUUGUGUCCAGCGAGACCCAAGAGCGUAGCAUCAACUGCAUUGGAUGACAGUGCUCAAAUAUUGGAUAUGCGUGCCAAGCAUGAGAGGCGCAAUCGACGUUUGAGACUUCUGACUUCUGGUCUAGUGCGAGAGCUCUUAAAGGAAGCGCCACUGGGAAUCAAGGAUAGCCUGCAAAAACAGCUGAAAAAGGAUGUAGCUGUUUUCAGCUUGUUUGCCAUAAUUUGCCCAGACAUUCUGGAGAGAGAUUCCGUGGCCAGCUCAGAUGAAGAAGAAACAGCACAGGUCCGGAGCAUGAUGGCUAUUGUUCCAUGGCGUGCAUUUGCUCAUGACAUGAGCUUUGCUAUGCUGCAGUCAUUCACAGUACGUCUGGAGCACAUGCAGUUGCCGCGCUAUGCAGCGCUCAGAACGAUGCUCAUGAGCAUUCUGCAAGAGUAUGUAAAGAGUGCUGGCGAGUGUGAUGAUGCUCUGUCUUGGCAGCACACCAUGGCCGAUGCAGUGGAUGCACUACCUCAGAACGUUGCUCUCAAGGCCAAGCUCUUCCAGUGUGGCUACACGGCUGCCAUGUGGACUGAGACACCCGGUGAUGGUCACUUGCCUGUGAAGCCACUGACCACUGUCACUACGAGUGGCACGCUGAGCCACGAGGAGAACUUGCGGCAGAACUUGCUGCGCUGCUACCAGGAGUAUGGCGAGAUCCUGCAGCAGCUGCACGUCACUCACGUUGACGUCGAUGGAGAGCAGGUGAAGGUAGUUGAUCUCUUUGAUGACCGACUCUCUCUGGAGCAAUUGAGGGGCCGGCGAGCGGUUGCUUGUCGCUGUAUUGAUCAGAAUCUGAACAAGAGUGUCUUUGAGAAUCUUGCCGUCCGCAAGCUUUCUCUUUUGACGCGAGAAGAGAAGAUUGAAUUGGAGUGUGAAGAGAUGGUGAAGAAGGCAGAAGUCUCUCCAAAGGCAUUCAGUGUUGUGCUGCACACAUCACUGUUUCACACAGCACAAACCUGCAGUGGUGGUAUCAUUGGCUGUUAUGCACCCAACGGGGAGCACUGUGAGAGACCGCUGGAGAUCGGUCUUAGAGCUGACAAUGCCCUGGCAAGUAUUUAUCUUGAUGGCAUGGAGAUUGAGAAUGUGGAGCUGGUCUUUGGCGAAGAAGGCACACUUGUAUACAAGGCCUAUAGCAAUGGUCACCCGUAUGAUACCUCAGAGGUGUGGGUUGAGUUCUUCCAAGUUCUUCUGAGCAGCGAGCAUCCAGCUGUACCUGCACUGAUCAUCCAACCAGGCUGCCCUAACACUCAGACAUGGCUGAUGUUGAACAGGUUAGUAGAGCCAGUCACAUCUGGCUUCCAUAUCAACUGUUCCUAUGACUUCUCACCAGAGUGGCGGACCUAUCUUGAUAGCCGUCCUGAACGAGUUCGUGGCGGCGUUGACAUUGUGCUGACCCCGGGAUUCAGCAAUGAAGUCAGACGUGGAGAUCGGGCACUGCGCCGACUAGCCAGUGUGCAGAAAGACCUGGCUGGUCUGGUUUUCACCGACUUGAUGACUCGACUUGUUGAGGACGACUACUACCGACAGUUUCGGUUUCUUGGCAGAUCACUGGCUCAAAGUGUGGGUGCAGAGAUUUCAUGCAGGGGUGACAGUCCAGAGGCAAUCCUGUCAGCCGCGUUCAAGUAUGAUGUGUACCAGCGCAAGCAGACGAGAGAAGGCGCAGAGAUGAUUCCGGAGAAAGAUGAGAUUGUGUCAAAUCUCGCUCAGCUAGUCAGGUCUCACACUGCGGAGUACUGUGCGACUAUCGGAGUGGCAUCUUUGUUUGCGGCAAGUCGUGGCAACUUCUUUGAUCUCAAGCACUAUCUGUAUCACAUGCGUAUGACCAGAUCAACAUUGAUUGAUGCCAAGGCAUUACGUCAGCAGACAGAUGCCAUCCAUCGUGCUUUGAACGACUACACUCUGAUCGUUGGAAUUCACAAGCUAUCACCGGCUGAUCAGGAGGAGCUGAUGCGCUGGAUUUUUGUCAACGAAGACAGAGUGUGGCGGUACCGUGGUGGGCGUGAUCGUAAUGAGACUCUACAGCAGUUCUUUCAGUUCCUUCCACAUCGACGUGAAGGUCCGGCCUCUCAACCUUGUUACCCCGGUGUUAUUGUACUAUCGCUCAGCUCGAAACGUGCAGCAGACUGGAGUGCUGACAUGUUCCAGGUCGAAGACGUUGUAGCGUAUGCGAUCGGUGAGUUCAUCAAGCUGCAGUCUGGUGCACAGGGUUACGAGAUUGUGACGGCAUUCGUACAGCCAAGGUUCCGAGGACUGAAGCUUGCUGUUCGAAUGUACACCACUGCUGCUCUGGAAAGCAAGUGUACCUAUUUGACGUGUGAUAUGCUGGAAGGAUCGAUGGAGAGCGUUGUCCGCAGUAACCCAGCAUUGCUAGCGCUGGAGCAUGUCGGACUGCUCCGUUACGCUGUGCAGAAGCGAGAGCUCUCGUACGAAGUUGUUGACCAGACCGGCCGUAAGGAGCAGUUUGAGAAACUCAUUGUCAACGCGUGGUACCUGUCCAUGGGCAUGCAUGCGUAUGGUGCGUUCGGGUGGGCGCGCGUUCACCCAAUCUCCUCGGCUUCUUUGCUUAUGACGCCGAUGCUUGCUGCGGCUGCAGCAUAUGGUGGAUUUCAGCUGAUGAAGCGCUUGAGGUGAGCAGCAGCAGAUGAGGUCCAAUUCCAAUGCCAACCUUGCAAGGCUCUGGAAGCAUGCAUUAUGUACUGCUUCUAAAUUCUAAUGUCAGUAAACAUACCACUUGAACAUUUAGAUCCGUAUUCAAAGCUCCUCUGCAAGCUAUGAACUCAUUUUUCUUGGAAGUGUGGUGAAUGGCACUUAGCCAUUGGCAGCGAUGUUCAUUUCCCUGGUCUUAUUCGGACACUUUUCAUGGCAGUAUUUUGCAGACAUCUGGUCACUACCCGUUUUAUAGUUGCCAUACCUUGUUGGCUUGCACCUUGUUCGACGAUGCAUCUGCUUUCCUUGCUGUGCUGCUUUGCUAGCAUUUCGAAUCCGUUUUACAAUAGGCCAGGCUAUACGCCUGUGUGCCAUUACGUUAGCUUUCAAUUCUAUCAUAGAUCCUUACAUGAUUAUAACAUGAGUCUAGAACUUUUUAAACAAGUGUAGUGUAGGUUACAAACUUACAAUAGGCACAUGCAGGGGGAUUCCCCCCCCCCUUUAUUUUCUCAAAUUAAUGGCUUACUUGUAAAAUUUUAAUGAGUGUAGGCCGAUAGGGUAGUCACAUUACUUUCAUUACUCCUGUCGAAUAUUCCUUACACAUUCAGAUGUCGCACUGCUGCAGCACACCCUGGGUUUUUUGCUUGCAGUCCGUGCAAGCGGAAUCCAGGUUGCUCGUUGAUUUGUCUUCUUUUUGCAGGGCUGUUCUAUUGCCAGUACGGUAUUCAUGAACCAGCUAGGUCUCUAGCUCUAGGAAGGCACUUGUAUUACAAUUGUAGUUUAACUCAUUUUUUUUAAGAAUGCUGCUGGCAGCUUCACCCCAACCGUUUUCACAUAUCUGCUACCUUAUUUUUGCGUCUAUGUAGCACGUUGAUUUUUGGCCUUUGGAGAACUGCACUGGGGUUCUGGCCCGUCACAAGUGAAACUUUCAUUUAGCUUUCUCUAGUUUUGUGUAGUCAGCCAAAGGACAAUUCUAGGAUACGUAUGCAUCUCUAGUUUUCGGCCUGCGCGUGCAUGCCUAUAGGUGGAACACUGUGCCAUAAUCAUCACGGCUGUGUUUGUUACCGCUAUUAAGGUGUCGUAUAAGCCCGUACUAUUGCAGAAGGCUGCAUAUCCAAAC